GUGUUGCUCUUUAUUUAUUUUCCUUUGUUGUUUUGCUUCUCUGUUCGAUGCGUCAGUAAAUUAGUGGUGAAAUUACAUUGAAGCGAAAGAAGACAAUUGAAAAAACGCGGACAAGUUCGUGAAAUCAGUCGACCGAUAUUUUUUGGAAAUACAACACAAAUAUUUAUUUGUUUUUUUGCAAAUAUUGUAUCAAGAAAAAACCGAUAAAUAAAACGCGUUUAUUUUCUGAGAAUACAGUGAACUUAAAGCAACAACUACAUACAAAAGAAAACAUAUUCUAAGUAAAGAGAAUUUAAUAAAUUUAUUUGUUGUUUAAUCUAAAACGAUAAUUACGGAUUAAAGUGCAAAAAAAAAGGAAUUUUAUAAAUUAAGUAAAACGCAAAGCAAAAAAUCAAAUUAAAGUGAAGUGCUCAAAGUGAAUUUCAUACAAAAAAAUCCAAAGAAUAAAAGGAAAAAACGUGCAAAGUACGAAAAGAAAAAACGAGCAAAGAAAGCUUGACAUAAAGAGGAAUUUAAAAAUAAAAAGGAGAGUAAAUAUUUAUUAAUUUAUUUCGGAAAAAAUGAAAUAAUUUUUAACUAGAAAAUUGUUUUAUAAAAACGGCUACGCAGUUUCUGCCUUAAUACCUACAUAAGUAUCUACCACCAAUCAUCUGCAGCAAAAGCGGCAACUUUUUCUUUUUUGAAAACUCAUAAUAAGAAAUUUACGCGUGUCUUGCGUUUGUAAUUCUUCCUAUACAGACAGCAUCAUCAUCAUCUGAAACGACCACAACAACAUCAACAGUAAAAAGAUUUUACCGUAUAAUUUUUGCCAAAUUUGACAAAAACAAUAACUACAACAACAACAGCAAAAAAAACUAAAUCGUAAGCAAACGCGAAAAAAAACAGCAACGUUGUCGAAAUCAUUAAAUACAGACAGACGCAAGCAAGCUCGGGGCCAUUUAUUGGCCAACGAGGUCAUUGUUGUUUAUUAAAACCGAAUAAGCAGCAAAAGAAAGAAACGUUGAAUAUUAUUUAAAAUUGAAAGACAUAAAAAACAAAAGACACAAAUAAUAAAUGUUUCUUUAGGAAGUGAAACAAAUAACAACAACCAAAGUACAACAAUUGCGUUCUAAAAGAUAUAACGAGGAAUACAAGCCAUCGACGCUGUAGACGCAGUUACAGAAAAUUAAUUAUUGAGAAAAACAACAUUUGAUUGAAACAAAAAAUCUGUUGCAACAAGAAAGAAAAUAAAAAUCGUAAAAACCAAACAAGGAGAAGACAACGUUAUUGAACUGUAGACCAGUUCGGAAAACAGUGUGUCAUACAUUAUAUACAUUAAGGGGUAGGAGGUCGGUCAGUUUUUCCAAACAAUUUGGCUUUGUUUUACGCCUACGCGGCCUUAAUUCUUCUGUGCAACAACAACAACAGCAGCAGCUACUACAAAAAUUGUUAUUGUUGAAAACAACUAACAAAACAUCAUAAAAUUUGCGUUUGCCACGCACAGCGAGCGACCUCCCCAAACCUCCUCCUUUUUUGCUUUGCUUUCUCCUUUAGCUGCAAGCAAAACGCAUUAUUCACAAUGAUCUCGAAUAAAAAAUCAUACGCCAUGAAAAUGUUGCAAUUGGCUUUGGCCUUAAGUCUGCUGAAUGUGGAUCCCGACAAUUAUCUGCAGCAAAGAUUGCGCAACUGGGACUCCCAACUAGAGCUUCGGGAUGGCGAUGGUUGGGAAUUGGAAAUGUUACGUGCGGUGCCCAUGGUGGAAUAUCCAUAUGCCAAUCGAAAGACCAUGAUGCCUUUAAUCGAAGAUUUAAUACUAUUUGAUCGGCAAAAUGAUCAUCUUGCAUCUCAAUACAAUGUGACGGCUUAUUUGUUAAACGUGUCCAAUGAAAAUUCCAACCAAACGGCAGCCAUGCAAGAAUUGCAAGCAAUACCUACAACGCCAACAAAUAAUAACCCCUCAACUGGUUCUUCAGCGACAACAACAGCCUCGUCUUCACUAGAUUCCAGCUCGGCUACAAUAAGUUCUGUUGUUACUGCCCCUGGGGUUACGAAUGCCAGUCACGCCAACAAUUUACCCCCCUCCGAAAUGGAAUUGUUUUUAAAUUCGGAAAAUUUUCAAGAUCAACGUUCGGUUUGGGAACAAAAUUUGGCCGAUCUAAAUGAUUUCAAUGAUUUACCCAUCAUGAAUUCGCACUAUGGCAAUUUGCCUUUAAAGGAUGGCCAACAGGACAACAAUCUAUUUGAUCUACAAUUGGAUGCUUUUCUACCCACUUUUGGCAGUUCAGCCUCCACUUCAGAAUCAGAAGGUGCGGUGGCACUAAACGAUACGUUCCCCAAUCCCGACGAAGGGGCUGGCAUUAAAUUAGAACAAUUGGAUGAUGAAGACGAUAAGGCUUUAUUAAUGGGUGUUAUGAAUACUGGAACUGUAACAACCAUAUCAACUGAUCAGGUGACCAUUUCCGAAGUUUCUGUUAAGAAAGAGGAACCCGAUGAGGCGACAGAAGAAAGCAGUGGUGGUGGCUCAGCUGUCAAUGAUAACGAAGUGGAUUUAAGUCCCUUUAUCAAUUCAGUGGAAUUAACUAAAGAGGAAAGCGAAAUUGUUGAGGUUUUGUGGAAACAAGAUGUCGAUUUGGGCUAUAGUCUUACCCCAGCCCAAUUUGCUAAUGCUGGUACUUCAGCUAAUGCUUUGCAAUCAUCUUCAGCUAAUGAUGACGAUAUCGAAAAGUUAAAAGCUUUAGAAUCACUCAAAUUAGAUAAUUCAAAGUAUGAUCCAAAAGAUAUUGAUGACAAUGAUGAUGAUCAUUUGGGUGACGAAUGGGCUGGCAUACCCUUUACUAUUGAUAAUGAAACUGGUGAAUACAUACGUUUGCCUUUGGACGAGAUACUUAACGACGUUAUACAAUUUGCUGAAUUGGCUGGUGAAGAGGAGGACGAUACUGGUGCAAGUACCUCAAAAGCAGCUGCAGCCAGCAACAAACAUUUGAAGUCGGAAAAAGAAGAACAAGACGACGAUCAAAAUUCCACCUCAAUAACCAAAACUGCUGCUGGUGCAAACAAAACAACUGAAACUGACUUUGGCAAGGAAUAUAAAAGUGAAGGUGAUUUUAAAGACGAUCUAAAUAGUGACGAUAGCAACAACAAGAAAAGAGACGGUAACAAAAGUGGUGGCGCAGGAGAAGAAGACGAAGACAAGGACGAAGUUGGCGACGACGACGACGACGAUAACGAUCUGCCACAAUCAGAGAUCGAAGUCAGUUCUUUGCCAUCACCAUUGUUUGAUUUAGAUGACGAGGCAAAAGAAGAACUAGCUGAUUUAAGUAUGAUGUUACAUUCGUCAGCUCCGUUUGCUCCGCAUCAUCAUCAUCAUCACCAUCCGCAUGCUCAUCAUCCACGUGCUGGCGGUGCUGCCGGUGGCGUGGGGGGUGUACAAAACUAUGGUGGUGUGAAUAGUGCUUUUCAUCGUCAACCAAGUUCGGGUGGUUUCCAUCAUGGUCAUCAUCAGGGUCGCAUGCCCACUUUAAGUCGUGCCGUCUCCAUGGAACAUCGUUUUCAAGAUAUUGCCAGUCUUUUCAAUCCCAUGGGCGUUGUAGGUGGUGUUUCCGAAAUGUCCCCCUACCCCCACUAUCCCAGCCAUCCCUAUUCGUAUCAAAGUGGUCCACAACAUGCUCAAUACCCACCACCACCACCACAUCCCCACCAUCAUCAUCAUCAUGCUGCUGCUGCCGCCAUGUUACAUCCCAAUGCCUCAUUGGGUGAACUGUGUCCCUCACAACCCCACUAUGGUCAUAAUUUGGGUUCAGCCGUUUCCUCUAGCAUGCAUUUGACAAAUUCCUCACAUGAAUCGGAUGUUUCGGGCGUGGGUGCCGGUGCUGUGGGUGGUUCCGCACCAAAUAUUGGCGCCUACAAGAUGGAACAUGAUAUGAUGUACUAUUCGAAUGCUUCUUCGGAUAUGAAUCAUACUACAGAUGGUUUCAUCAAUUCGAUUUUAAACGAUGAAGAUCUACAUUUAAUGGAUAUGAAUGUUAAUGACAGUUUCUGCCGCAUGGUUGAUGUCAACAACAGCACCAGCAAUAACUCUUCGGUUUUGGGCAUCUCAAACGGUCAUGCCAAUGCAGCUACUGGCUCAGCUACAGGUUCGAGCAGUGGCAUUUCCAUGAGUGGUACAAAUGUAGCCGCCGCUGGCGGUGCAGCCGGUAUGACUAGCGAGUUAAUGAAUACCACUGGUGCCCAAGGCGGCACCGACCGUUUAGAUGCCUCUAGCGAUAGUGCUGUUAGUUCGAUGGGCUCUGAACGUGUGCCCUCAUUGUCGGAUGGCGAAUGGGGUGAGGGCAGUGAUUCGGCCCAAGAUUAUCACCAGGGCAAAUAUGGUGGUCCUUAUGAUUACAGCUACAAUAAUACGGCUGGCAAUAAUCGUCAACCUCCAGUUGCCCAGAAGAAACAUCAUAUGUUUGGCAAACGUUUCCUUAAUGAACAGCCCGGCGUAAAUGCGGCAAAUGGUGCAAAUCCUGCUAACACGGCUACCAAUGGUGCGCUAAAUGGUCCUGCUCAUUCGAUUAAGUAUGAAUACGAACCUUAUCCUCCUGUAGCUGGUCUACAUGAAAACAUGGGCAAUGGCUUGGAAGGCGGCGCCAUGGGUGGUCCCACACUAAGCAAAGAACAUCAUGCUUAUGGCGGAGCCUACUCACUCGAUUUUUCUGUGCGCACACCCCGUACUCCCCAUGAAAUUAUCCAACACAAUCACACGUAUACUCUGCCUCAGGGCACGGGAUCCCUACCACGCCCCCAGCAACGUGACAAGAAAACCUCUACAUCAUCCUCGUCCACCAAAUCGUCCAAGUCAGCUCACAACAGUAGCGGCAGUGGCGGUGAGGAAGAUAACUAUUUGACACGCGAUGAGAAACGGGCACGCGCCAUGAACAUUCCCAUACCGGUGACUGAAAUUAUUAAUCUACCCAUGGAUGAGUUCAAUGAACGCUUAUCGAAAUAUGAUUUGAGUGAAAAUCAAUUGUCGUUGAUACGUGAUAUACGUCGCCGCGGCAAGAAUAAGGUGGCCGCUCAAAAUUGCCGUAAACGUAAAUUGGAUCAGAUUUUAUCGCUGGAGGAUGAGGUGAAACAGGUGCGUCGCCGCAAAGAGGAUUUGCAUUCGCAGCGUGAUCGUUUGGCCAUUGAACGCAAGAGGGUGUCGAAUAAGUUUGGAGCUUUGCAUAGACACAUUUUCCAAUACUUGCGUGAUCCCGAGGGCAAUCCAUGCUCACCAUCCGAAUACAGUUUACAACAAGCUGCCGAUGGUUCCAUUUAUCUGUUGCCACGCGAUUCCACCAAUAAAAAUGACACCACAAACGGUGUGAUACAGCACGGCAGCACCACAAAUGGCAGCUCUCAACCACCAACACAUCAUCAACAAAUGUCACAACCCCAUACAAACUCCCAUGUAGCUGGUCAUCAUCUUCAUCUGCAGCAACAGGCUACAACUGCUGCUGCAGCUAGCGCUGGUACAUUAGCUCACAGUCAUGUGCAGCCACACCACCAUCAACAGCCACAGCAGCAUCUGCAUCAGCCAGGACAAACCAGUCAUCCUCAUCAUCCACAAACACAACACGGUGGCGGAUCGGUGCAUCAACAAAAGGAUUGAAAUUUAAUGUGGCAACACUAUGCAGCGCAUUGGUUUCAAAUUCAUCAUCGUCAUCAGCAUCAUCAGCAACAUAGCCAGCAUCAAACCUCUAGUACUCAUGCUAUAGUGCAUUGUCAUCAUCUACAUUCUCGCCACAAUCACCAACGACAUCCAUCGCAUCAUCAUCAUCAGCCUUCCCAUCAUUAUCAGUCAUCAACUACUGUACCACAACGUUUAUAUCAUCAUGGGCAUUACGAGUCUACUUACUGUUAAACAUUUGUAUUCAGGGGUUUAUAUUUGUAUCUUUAUCAUUUUCUUUUCAUUUAUAUAUAUAUUUUUUUAUUAUUUGUUAAUUGUUAAAUUAAGACCGUAUAAAGUGGGUGGGUUAUAAAAAAGAAACUGGUAAACAAAUAUUUUUUAGAUUUUUUGCACCAUACAAACUUAAACAGAAUUUUAGAUAUUUUAAAACUUUAACAACAUCUUUCCUUUGUUUUGGCUUUAAUUGUGAUUUUUUUUAAAUUACUCGUAUUAACAAUUUUCAAAAUUUUCUUUAAAAAAUAAUAUACAUUGAAUUAUAUAUAUUUUAUAUAUGUAUGUAUAUGGAAAACAAAGAUUCUAAAAUUUGGCAUUUUUUAUAAAAAAAAAUUAUUUACUAAAAUAUAAAAAAAUCACUUAAUAUUUAUUUGUAAUUUAAUUUUCUUAAUUGCAAAUGAAAAAAUUAGUUUUUAUUCAAUUAUUUAAAAAGAUGUCCAAAACUAUUUUAAAUAGAUUUUUUUUAUUUGCCCCCAAACUAGCAACAAAAAUUAUAUUCUAACAAAAUUGUAUGAAUUUGUGAUAAAUUUUCAAUUUAAUGUAUGAAGUUUCUUAAAUUUUAUUUUCCAAAAAAGAAAACCAACCUAAAAAAAUAUUACAAUUACAGCACAAUAACUACUACAUAUAAAUUACAUACUAAUUUCUCCCUUAUCACUCUAUCACUCCCUCUUCCUCUCUUUAGUAGCCUCUCUUAUCACUAGUGAAGUUAUUUAGAAAUUUAACUAUUAUUUAGUUUAUAAUACAAGAAAAAUAAAAAUUAAUUAAAAUCAUCUUAACAAAUCUAUCAAUAAUAAUAAAAUAAAAACAAAGUAGUUAUGGAUCCACUUAAGUUAAACAAAAACUGUUAAUAUUUAUAUAACACACACGUUUUUUUUAAUUAUUUAAAAACAAUUAAUGUCAAAAUAAAAUAUGUAUUUAGAAAUUUAAUAUUAAAGUAACUGCUUGUUGUAAAAGCUUGUUUUCCUUGUUUAAUAUUAAACUUUUUUUUUUCUUUUUGUUUGUUAAUUUACUUUUUGCUUUUUUUAUUAUUAUUAUUUUUCUUCUAUUUAAAUUAUUUUAAUUAGUUUUUUUUUAUUUACCAUGUAUUCAUAAAUAGUUAUUAAUUAGUAAACCUAGUUUUGCUUGUAAAAUUUUAAGGCUUCUUUUUGGAAAAAAAAACAGAAAUUUAAGAGAAAAAAUACAAUAAUAUUUAAGCAUUUACUUUUAUAUACAUAUAAUUAUAAAGAGAAACAAACAAAAAAAAAGAACAACUAACAGAAACCACUUAAUUGUAUAUGUAUUUACCAUAAAAAAAAAACUAUUAUUCUAAUAACAAUGAAAUAUUCUCAAAAGGAAUAUAAUUUGGCUUAUACAGGAAUGCUUUUCAAGUUACCCCUUGUGUAGUUUUCUAUAAGUCAGUUUAUAUUUAAUUUAAUUUUUUCUUUGUAAAUAUUAAUUUUAAAACGUAUAAUUAUUAUACAAAAAAAUACACAAAAUUAAAAAAUAACUUAAACACUAAUUGUUUUAGUAUUUAAGGCCUGAAAAACAAAAAAUUACAAUUACGUACUUUACAUAAAUGUAUAAUGUAUAAUAAAAAAAAUACACAAAAAACUAAAAAAAAUAACAAAAA